GGGCAACCGAGAAAAGGGCUCGUCUCCCCUUGUUUUUUUCCGUCUCGCUUUUACUACGCGGCGGCGGUGCGAGCGGCAGGGGCAUCAUCGGCACCGGCGCCAUCGCCAUCAGCGGCGGACCGGCACCGCGGGGGCAGCGCCGCGCUCCGCUCCUCACCCGCCCGGGGCUCCCCGGCGGCGGCAGCGGCGGCUCUCGGGGCUCGUCCCGGGGCCGGCGCUUAUGCAAGGGCGCCUCCUCGCCCCUUCUCCGCGGGCCGAGGGCGAGCGGGGCCGAGGCGGGGCCGCAGCGCGGGGCAACGCGCAGCGGAGGCGCGGAGCGGAGCCGCCGGGCGCCGGGAAAUAAAGAGCGGCGGAGAGGCGGCGGCGGCCGCGGAGAGAGAGCAGCGAGCACCAGAACCGCCGCCCGGAGCCACAGCGUGCGGGGAGAUGUCAAACGUGCGCAUUUCUAAUGGGAGCCCUACCCUGGAGCGCAUGGAGGCCAGGCAGUCGGAGUACCCGAAGCCGUCAGCGUGCAGGAACCUCUUCGGGCCGGUGAACCACGAAGAGCUCAACAGGGAGUGGAAGAAACACCUGCAGGAGAUGGAGGAGGCGUACACGAGGAAGUGGAAUUUCGAUUUCCAGAAUCACAGGCCGCUGGAAGGCAGGUACGAGUGGCAAGCCGUGGAGAAGGGGAGCUCGCCCGACUUCUACUUCAGACGCCCCCGGCUACGGAAAGCCGUCUGCAAGUCCGCCGGCCGCCAGAGCUUGGAUGUAAACGGGAAUUGCCAAACCGUGGUUUUUGUCGGUUCUCAGGGAAUCUCAGAGGACACUCACUGUGUAGCUCAAAAGACUGAUGUUUCAGAAAAUCAGACGGACUUUGCAGAGCAGUGCACUGCCCAGAGGAAAAGACCCGCGGCCGAUGAUUCCUCUCCUCAAAAUAAAAGAGCCAACACAAGAGAAGAAGAGGUCUCAGAAGACUCCCCCAGUGCCAGUUCAGUGGAGCAAACACCCAAGAAAUCAAGCCCGGGAAGACAUCAAACGUAAAGCGUUUAGAGCGGAGGAUGUGCGCGUCCUCGUUCGUCGAGUGCGGCGGGCGGAGAUGAAGCGAGGAAGAUGUAAAGUUGUAGUGGGAAAGGAAAAAAAAAUACAUAUCGCCGAUCUCCGGGGGAUGGAGAUCCUGUACAAGCACUGAAAAAAAAUAAAAAAAAAAGAACAGCAACAAAACAACAGCAACAAAAAGCAAACAAUAACACUAAAUUUUAGGCACUCUUAAAAGACCUGCCUCUAAAAGCAUUG